AUGGCUGAAAGCAAAUCUAUCUUACAUGAAUUAUACGUAUUUUCAGAGUGGAAACCCGAGCCAGAAUAUUUACAAAAACAUGACAACAUUUUACCUGAAAAUAUAUCAGCUAUUUGGCGUUGGAUAAAAUUUUUUGGCCCAAAGAAAAGUUUAGUAGACAGUGUAACGGCACAUAAAGAAAAGCAACAAAAGUGGCACAUUGCUCUUGGUGAUGAAGGAAAAGUAUUAGCCGUGCUUACUGAUAAUAUAUUGGAAAUCAGGACCAAGCGCACAGAAUAUGCUACAAUAGCGGCUAGGACUACUGUGAGUCGUGAUCCAUACGCACAAUGGCGUAAACUAGUGUGGAGCCCCGACUGCUCAUUUUUGGUGCUUGCGUAUGGCAAUGGUGUUGUCAGCUUCUUUGACCUGACUGCUUCUAAUCUAUUUAAUAUUCCAGCUGAUUGCUCAAGGCCUGGGGGCUUGGAGUGCACUGAUAAUACUCAUGCUGUGUCAGAUAUUAUAUUUAUGCCUCUUAGAGUUAAGGAUACUAAGUGGCGUAAUGAUGGUGUGCAGAUAACAGAUACUGCCGAUACAGUUAAUAUUACAAUGUGUGAUGAUGGUGUGCAGAUAACAGAUACUGCCGAUAUAGUUAACAUUACAAGAUGUGAUGAUGGUGUGCAGAUAACAGAUACUGCCGAUACAGUUAACAUUACAAGGCAUAAUGAUGGUGUACAGAUAACAGAUACUGCCGAUACAGUUAAUAUUACAAUGUGUGAUGAUGGUGUGCAGAUAACAGAUACUGUCGAUACAGUAAACAUUACAAAGUUUGAUGAUGGUGUGCAUAUAACAGAUACUGCCGAUACAGUUAAUAUUACAAUGUGUCGUGAUGAUGUGCAGAUAACAGAUACUGUCAAUACAGUUAACAUUACAAGGCGUGAUGAUGGUGUGCAGAUAACAGAUACUGCCGAUACAGUUAACAUUACAACAUGUGAUGAUAGUGUGCAGAUAACAGAUACUGCCGAUACAGUUAACAUUACAAGGUGUGAUGAUGGUGUGCAGAUAACAGAUACUGCCGAUACAGUUAACAUUACAAGGUGUGAUGAUGGUGUGCAGAUAACAGAUACUGCCGAUACAGUUAACAUUACAAGGAACUGGGAGGUACUGGUGGUGACGUUCGACGGGCGGUUGCGUGGCUACGUGGUGUCGCAGACGGACGGCUACAAGUUGCGGCACUCGUUCCGCUUCCCGGGCGGCGUGGCCGCACUGGCUUAUUGCCCGUCGCACGACGCCUUGUACGUGGCUGGAGUGCCCAGAGGAAUCAAGGAUCCAUCAUCGCCACUCAUUGCCGGAAUCACGGCAUGGCGCAUUUUGAAUGACGACCCAUUUUAUAAACUUUCGGUGGUAUCCGACCAACUGGAAGCGCAGUUGGCCAAUGAGAGGUUCCAGCUUUAUAUACCAUUUGUUACGUCCAAACAUUUGAACUUCAUAGUCCGCAUGGAGCUGUCUAGUGACAGCACGAAACUGGUGUGUGUCCAUUGCAACGGCGAUGUGUCGGUGUGGAGGUUGCCCUUGCUGAAGCUGCUGAAGCGUUGGCCGCUUACUAGCCAGCCUGGCCACGACCUGAGGAAUCCACUUGUUAAACCAGACAAGCAGACACAUAAGGAUGUCUCCCUGUUCUACCCGUACGAUGUCAACUGGUGGAGUAAUGAAGAAAUCAUUUUAUCGAGGUUCAGUGGUGCUGUGAGCGUGUGUGACACUGAAGACAUGGUUAACAUUCUCGGAAAGAAACCCGAAUUCUUCCAGGGAACGCCGCAGGUUACACGCGCUUACCAUGGCGCAUUUAUGUCUUUAGAGUGCGAGUCGAACGUAUUACCAGCUAAGAAAUCACGAAGCGAUGAAAGCAUGGAAGUUGUAAAAGUGGAGGAAGACACGGACGACUCCAUGCUAGAAUUGACUAAGGAGUUAUUCAAAACAAUCCUGUACGCCAUCACAGACAUGGAGACGUUCCAGCCAAAGCCCAAGAAGAUAACAGUAGUGUCUCGCAUUUAUCGUCUACUGGGAGUCAAGAGCACCACCCCCACGGAAUUAUUUUCGAGAAAGAUCGAGAGCGGGAACUAUUCAGAAGCGCUGAAUCUGGCGGAGACGUUUGGGUUGGACAGUGACCUCGUGUAUCAACAGCAGUGGAGGAAGAACCCUGUCUCCACUGAAGCCAUACAGAAGUAUUUGAGCAAAGUAUCAAAGAAGAUUUGGGCAGUGCACCAGUGUGUAGACAGAUUGCCAGAAACACUGCCAGCCGCAAAGGAACUGUUACAGUUCGGUCUGGAACUCACCAACGAAAGGAUUCUUGAUGAAAUUAAUAAGGAUAAAGGCGAAGACGAGCUGAAGGAUCCAGACGAUAUAACUCUAGAGGAUUUGAACGCUUACACCAGUGAGUUGCUGCGUUGCCGACACGUCAUGCUAUUCUAUAAGGAGAGGCUGAGGCUGUAUGAAGAAAUACUAAAAUGGGAGAAGUCAACAUAUAUCAAAGACGAGUAUGACCGCCUUCGGAGCAACAGUAUAGUGCACAGCGCUAUGGAGAUCGCCAAAGAAGGCCGUAUAGAGGCCCUGACUUGUCUCUGGCCGCACAUCAAAACUAUUGCGAUGAAACUAGAAGUCUUGGGGAACCUACCGGAGACAAUCAACCCAUUGGACUACCAACAUCUGCUGCCAACUAAAGAGCCAUUUCAAUGGUUUGACGAAAAAUCCCCCAUAAAGAUAAAGCCGUCAGAAGUUGAGAAGGAUUGGUGCCGAAAGGAAAUAUUUAGGUCGAUAUGGAGUUCGAACUGGUCGGAGGACGCCAGCCCAGAGGCGGAGAGUGCGGGCGACAGCGAGUACGUAAACAAGUGCGCGAACGGGUGCGAGAACGAGUGCGUGAAAGUGUUGACGAGGGAGUACUCAUGCGUGGGCUCGUGCACGUGCUUGUGCUUGUGCUCGUGCGGGCACUGGGCGUGGUAUGAGCAGCGCGCGCGCGAGGUGGAGCAGCGCAGCGGGCUGGCCAGCCACGCGCUGGCGCUAGUCACCAUCGCGGCCGUGGGCGGCGCCGUGCCCGGCCUCGACCGCAUCCUCUUCCACCUGCUCACGCUUGUCACGCUGCUCUACGACCUCAACCUGGAGGGUGUCGCGCUCGCAGACCUCGAGCCCUUGACCCCGCUCGAAACCUGCACGCUCCUGAUGAAGAUGUCGACGCCGGCGACUUUUGUAUCGGACCUAAAGCAGUACGUGAUUCCGUACCUGAAACGCUACGAAAAUCUAACCCAGCGCAGCGAUGCCUGCCUCAAUGGACUCAUGGAUUUCCUCGAGAGUAUUAGCGUAGAUGACCUCUCCUCAAUUCUACUGGUGCUGCAAUCUCCGAACGAAUUUGAAUUGGAUAUCCGUACGCAUCUUGAAUUAGUGGAGAGGUGUCUCUUCGCGCACAACGGCACCGAUCAAUUAGAUAUGGCCUGCGACUUACUCAACACUAUACUUAAGGAAAGCGACGGCAGCAUCUCGGACAGCGAAUUGGUGCGGCGCGCGGGCGCGCUGGAGCGGCUGGUGGCGGGCGCGGCGCGCGUGGCGUGGCGCGGUGUUCGCGUGGCGCCGCGCGACCUGCGCGACAUGCUCGCCGACCGUGGACAGGCUGCGCGCCUGCUUGCGAGACUCGCGCGGGAGCUCUCGCAGCGGUGA